UCCACAAACAAUUUAAAAUAUUUAGUAGAUUGUCAGUUAAUUGAACUGUAGUUGGCCAAAUGGAUGGAAAUAAAGGUGAAGAUUUUGUUACUUGUCCCUACAAUAAGGCACAUCGUGUCCUAAGGAGUCGUUUGCAAUUACAUCUAAUUAAAUGCCGUUUGAAUUAUCCAAAUGUGGAAUUACAAAAGUGCCCAUUGAAUCAAUUACAUUUGGUGCCAGAGGCCGAGUUCGAGCUGCAUUUAGUGAGUUGUCCUGAUCGUAAAAUAAUUGCACAUUAUAAAUACGUUGAUGAGAUGAAGUUUCUGAAGCAUGACCCAAUCGAAAGUGAGGAAAAUUGGGAUGACACUAUAUCUGGAAAUUAUAAUCCUGAAACUUACGCUCGUAGCAAUCAAAUAAUACGAAAACCCGUCGGUCCACCAUCAAAACGUAAAGCAUUUAGACAUGAGGAGGAAGAACGUUGGCAACAGUUUGAUUGAUUGUAAAUAUAAGCGCUUUAGUUUUUAUAUUUAUAUUUAUAUUUAUUCUUGCGAUACUUGAUAGUAUAUUUUAGUACUCAUAUAUAUUUAAUAAGAGAAAUGUGUACAUUUUUUUUAACGGCAGUGCAAAAAUAUAUGGAAUAAAUCGUUCCACAAGAGCUGAAUGAUUUUCAAUGUUAA